AUGGCCGCGUCAGCUUCCCCCGCCGUCGGUGCCCCGGCGGCCUCGUCCCGCCCGGCGGGCGAGUGCUCGCUCGGGUGCGCCCGCACCCGCCUGCCCGCACCGACACCCCCACUCCUCCCCACUCGCGCCCCACUCUCCCUCUCCCCCGAUCCAAUCAGGAUCGGGCUUGAACGCCACCGCUCGAAGCGCCUCCGCUGCCUCGCCGGACGCCAUCGCCGGACAGCCUCCCCGCCGGCUUGCUUCCUCUCCGCCGAGUCGUCCCCGGCCUCCUCCUCGCCGGCCGUCUCUGGCUCGCCUCCCCCACUGCACCCACGCGACGCCCUCGGGGGGGCUCGCCCCUCACGUGACCUGCACGGGCGCCGACCCGACCCCGAGCGCCCCACGCCGUUGCCGACCACCACCCCGUCACCGGAGCACCACCACCGUCACUCCGACUCGCCGGACCCCGUUAUCACCGCCGUGCUUCCUCACCUCCUCCUCGGGUCGUCGCCGCUCCGCCCCCGGCUCCACCUCGCCGGAACGCCUCCCCGUCCUCCUCCCCGCGCACGUUGCAUGUACCCUACAUUUGUCGUGAGCCGCCACCUCCCUCCUCCUCCCUCUCCUCCUCUGUACGUGUGCGCGCCCUCCGUCAUGGCGCUCCCCGCGGGCUCCCGCUGCCCCGUCCGCCGACCACCUCUUCCCCUGCCCGUCACCCGCCUCCAGCCGCUGUCGCCCGUGGCGCCCCCCCUGUGUGCCUCCCCGGCGCCUCGGCCUCCUACCGCUGGCCAUCCCACAUCCACCAUACGGUCGCGCCACCCCCUCGUCUCCGCCCGCCGUGGCCCCGGCUGGCCGCGCCGGCUUCCCCCGCCGUCGGUGCCCCGGCGGCCUCGUCCCGCCCUGCGGCGAGUGCUCGCUCGGGUGCGCCCGCACCCGCCUGCCCGUAUGCCCGUUAAGGCCCCCUGUGCCUAUGACCAGUGGGCCCGGCCCUAG